AUGACAGAGGAUUUAAUAUUAUUCCGUCGACCUAGAAGAUUUAUUGAAUCUAUACCAAAUGAACAUGGCUAUGUUAUCCGUAAACCUAGAAAAUUUACAGUAUCCUUUAAUAAAAUUCAUCAAAGUUCAAAUAGGCCUCAAUCUACUCUACAAGAUAAAAGGGAUAAUUAUACAAUUGCAUAUACUAAACCAUAUUUACUGAAAGAUUAUAAAAAUAUCAUUCAGAGAAGAUAUAAACAUGCUAUUACUGAUAAUCAAUUCAAUUUUUUGUCUAUCAAAGGAAAUUUCAGUCUUCAAAAGGCUAAUAAUAAUGAUAUUGGGAAUAAGUAUUCACUUGAAAUUUGUCAUCAACUUCAAAUAUCCAAUCAUACAGAAAUUGUACAUAAUUUUCAGUAUUUGAAACCGAAUACAACUGAUAGUAAACCAGUUACAGAGAUAAAUUUUAAUGAAAAUUUACAAAAACUUACUAUACCUAUUAAACGAACACCUUUAUAUCAUAAUUUAAUCAAGAUAGCUUAUGAAUUACAACAUGCAUUAGUUCAAGCUGGUGAUAAAGAAAUCACUUGUUCUAUUGAAAAACUUCCAGGUAAUUAUCAAGAUUCAUCAACUAGAUAUCAAACAAAUUAUGCAAUUAUAAUAAAGGAGAAAAUGAAUCAUAGUAAAAUAAUGUUAGUUGAUUCUCCUAGAGUGACUACAAAAAAAUUAAUCAGAUUUCGAAAGAAUCAGAAACUGAUCAACUUAUCGAAAGGAACAACAAUUAAACCAGAACAAGUUAAAUUACUAGAGUCUUACUACUCUGGAGGUAGUUUAAUAUCUUUAGAAGCCUGUCAGCUUGAGCAUCUACCGGAUUUAUCUGCAUUCUAUACUACUCUAAGAAGUAUUGAUCUUUCCAGAAAUUAUUUAAAGGAUCUUCCGGAAGAAUUCAGUUUACUAAAGAGUUUGGAAUACUUAUCACUACGCUGUAAUCCAAUUCGUAAAGUGCCUAGUUCAAUUUCAAAGCUUAUGAACUUAAAAUCGUUGGAUUUAUCAUAUUGUAUAAUUGAACAGUUAAACUAUGAAUUUUAUGAUUUAAAAUCACUUGAAUUGUUGAACUUAUCCCAUAAUCGUCUUGUUUAUAUUGAUAGUCGGAUAAAACAAUUUCUGCAUCUAAAGAUACUUAAAAUUUGCGGUAACGAUUUGCUUGGUAUCCCUCCUGGACUUUUAUAUCUUUGCCAAAAUGUUUUGGAAAACUUAGACCUGAAUGAUAAUCCACUAUUGUGUUUAUUUCCAAAAGAAUUCAAGAGAUGCUCUACACUUAAGGUUCAAUCCCUGAAGCUGUUGGCUAGUUUAACAGUGAGAAAUAUUCUGCAUAAAGUUAGUGAAAAGAAUAAGGAAGCUUUGAAAAGGGAACCAGAACAUUAUCUUCUGAUGGUUGCUUCAAAAGAGGAUACUUCAGAUUCUUUGGAAUUUAAGAAGGUUUCUGACAAGAUAGAAUGCACUAUACUAAAAAGUCUGUUAUCUCCAGUCGGUUCAUGUUGUUGGUGUGGAUUGGAUCGAUAUGAUGACAUCAAUACAAUCUGUAAACAUUGUGUAGAUAUAUUCACCUACUCAAUGGUUCCAAUACGUAUGUUAUGCUGUGGGAUUAAAUGUAUGAAGGAAGCUAAUCAAUGCAGUACAUCUGAACAGUUUGCUCAAAGAUAUUACGUAAAUUACAAAACAAUGUAG